GACACCAUAUGGGGAACAUAUAAGAAAAUUCGUAGCUGAAGAGAUAGUUGUAAUUACCCAUCGAUUUUUCUUUUAAAUUUGUAAAUUGUAAUUUACCAAUUAAAUUAAUCGAACAAGGAAUGCUGCAAGUUGUCCGGUUGGAUGGUAUUUGUCCUAAACCGAACCGGUUUGAGUCCAAACCCGUAAUAUUCAAAAGAGGGGUUUAGGGUUUAAGAAAAUCGAACCCUCACAAAAAAAAAAAUUCCGCCAUUUUUUCUUCAAGCUGCAAUUGCCAAUGGCGACUCACCGUGUAGAAGAAGACAAUCAAUACGACGGACAAGUAAACUCAAAACGACAUCACUCCGACUCCGACUCCGACUCAGAAGAAGAAGAAAUUGACGAUCAAAAUUGGGACGAUUGGGAAGACGAAAACGACGCCGUUGAGGACCAAAACCUAAACCCUAAAUUGCUUUGUCUGUUCUGCGACUCUCACUACGAUUCCAGCAGUUGCCUUUUCGAGCACUGUGCUUCGGCCCACUUGUUCGAUUAUGGCGGAAUCAAGAAAGCUUAUAGCUUGGAAUUCUACAAGUGUUUCAAGCUCAUAAAUUACAUUAGGUCUCAGGUGGCAGUAAACAAAUGUUGGAGCUGCGGGGUCAAAUGUUCGUCCAAUGAAGACAUGCAAAAACACUUGCACGCGGCGGUUAAUUUUGAUGGAAGCAGCUUUCCGUGGGAUGACGAUCGGUACCUCCACCCUUUUCUGCAAGAUGAUUCACUGUUAUACAGUUUUGACGAGGAUGAAGAAGAAGAAAACGACGAGGCCGAUGCCAUGUCUGUCGACACAAAGGAACUGGCGUCUUAUUUGUCCCAGUUUGAGCGUAUAGAUAUACAUGAUGAAGGUGCUUCUUCUAAUGGUUUUCGAAAUGGAGGAAAAGAUGCUGACUUAUCUUCUAAUAAGGAUACGAAUACCGCAAACACUUCAAAAACUCCAAUAGAUGUCGACGCCAGAGUUCACUCAGAAAACGGGGUGUGUAAAAGUUCGUCACUGAAAAUAGCAGCAAAUGAGAUCAAGGAUAUCAAUAAGAAUUAUUUUGGCGCGUACAGUUCAUUCGGCAUCCACAGAGACAUGAUCAGUGACAAGGUUAGAACCGAUGCUUACAAACAAGCUAUUACAGAAAAUCCUUCUCUUGUAAGAAAUGCAGUCGUUAUGGAUGUUGGUUGUGGAACUGGGAUUCUAAGCCUAUUUGCAGCUCGAGCAGGAGCUUCUCGAGUUAUUGCAAUUGAAGCUAGCGACAAGAUGGCUGCAGUGGCUACCCAGAUUGCAAAAGAUAACAACCUUCUGCAGAACGGAAUUUCUAGUGAAAGAAACGGGGUUAUUGAAGUGGUUCAAGGCAUGGUUGAAGAGCUCGAAAAUGCUGACCAUAUCCAACCACAUAGCGUCGAUGUAUUAGUGAGCGAAUGGAUGGGCUAUUGCCUGCUUUACGAGUCAAUGCUCACCUCUGUACUCUUUGCAAGAGAUAAGUGGUUGAAGAUCGGAGGUGCCAUGCUCCCCGACACAGCUACUAUGUUUGCAGCGGGAUUUGGAAGAGGAGCUACCAGUAUCCCGUUUUGGGAGAAUGUUUACGGUUUCAAUAUGUCUUCUAUUGGUCGUGAGGUUGUCGAGGAUGCUGCUCGUUUUCCUAUCGUUGAUGUCAUCGACAGUUGUCAUAUUGUUACGACCACUAAAGUUCUCCAGAACUUUGACCUAGUAUCGAUGCAGCCUAAACAAAUGGAUUUCACAGCAGAAAUCGACUUAGAGCCAAAACUCGUUUCUACAUCGAACAAUCCCACAAAUUCUAAACCAGAACCCACUUGGUGUUACGGAGUUGUUGUCUGGUUCGAGACUGGAUUCACCGACCGAUUUUGUCGCGAAAAUCCCGUUAAUUUGUCCACGUCACCCUAUGAACCGAGCACACACUGGUCACAAACCGUCCUCACUUUCCGCGAACCAAUUGCAAUGGCGUCGAUUAGUGACGGAGAAAAAUCGGGUGAAGUUGGUACGAGCGAUUGUCCAGCUGUCAGAAUACAUGCUCGUAUUAGUGCCGUACGAGCUUCGAAGCAUCGCAGCAUCGAUAUUUCGAUGGAGCUGACGGGAUUUGGGGCUGAGGGGCAAAAACGUAAUUGGCCGGCGCAAAUUUUUAAUUUGAAUUGAUUUGUUUUUUUAUCCUCUUGUGGUGGUUGAACUGAAAUUUUGUCUGUUUUCUGUUCUGUUCCUGGGAAAAAUGAUGGUUGAAGCAUUAUUUCUUGAAAAAAAUAUAUUUAUUUAUAAUUGUAGUUUAUGCAC